AUGAGUGAACAGAGUAGCGUCAGCACAUAUUUGGACGAUUCAGCGGAUUUCGAAUCCUUUCAUUUGGAUGCAAGACUCUUGCAAGCCAUCAAGCAUAAUGGAUUUGAAAAGCCUACACUAAUUCAGUCCAACGCUAUUCCUUUGGCUCUGGAACAGAAAAGAGACGUAAUCGCAAAAGCUGCUACAGGUUCGGGGAAAACUUUAGCCUAUUUGAUACCAGUCGUACAGACUAUUUUGCAAUACAAGCAGACAACACCAGCAGAUCAAACUGGCAGUCCCAAGACACUGGGAAUAAUUUUGGUUCCUACAAGAGAACUGGCACAACAGGUGCAAGCAGUAUUGGCAAAACUGGUUCUUUUUUGUUCCAAAGACGUGCAUUCUUUAAACUUAUCGUCCCAACUGGCCGACAAUGUGCUAACGUCUCUGUUACUGGACGGCCCGGAAGUUUUAAUCUCGACACCUUCCAGGCUGCUAGCAGUUCUUGAAACCAAAUCCAACGCGUUGGUCAUGGACGACCUCAAAUUCCUAGUCAUUGACGAAGUCGACCUCGUUUUGACGUUUGGCUAUCAAGACGAUCUUGACCAAAUCGCUCGCUACUUACCUCUCAAAAAGAAUUUACAGACUUUCCUGAUGAGUGCUACUUUGAAUGAGGACAUCCAAGAACUGAAAGCGAAAUUUUGCCGAUCUCCAGCUAUCUUGAAACUCAACGAGGACGAAAUCAACAAAGACCAAAGUAAGUUGCUGCAGUACUAUGUCAAAGUCAGUGAGUUUGACAAAUUUUUACUGUGCUACGUUAUCUUCAAACUGGGUUUGAUCAAGGGCAAGACGCUCAUCUUUGUCAAUAAUAUAGACAGAGGAUACAGGCUCAAAUUAGUGCUGGAACAGUUUGGCAUCAGAUCAUGCAUUUUGAAUAGCGAGUUGCCAGCUAACUCAAGACAGCACAUCGUGGCAGAAUUCAAUAAAAAUGUUUAUCAGUUGCUCAUUGCCACGGAUGACACUGAGUACAUCAAGGAAGAAGAAGAAGAAGAAGAAGAGGAUGGUGAGGGCCAGAAAGCGGUAGAAGUUGAAAGUACGGAACAACCCGCGUCAAGCGACAGCGGUAACAAGAGUAGAAAAGACGGUAAAAAUUUCAAAAAAGACAGAGACUACGGUGUAUCUCGGGGCGUCGAUUUCCAGAAUGUGGCCUGCGUUUUGAACUUCGACUUACCAUCGACCGCGAAGUCAUAUGUCCACAGGAUUGGCAGAACUGCGCGUGCAGGCAAAUCGGGUGCCGCCAUUUCAUUUGUGGUUCCUCUCAAAGAAUUUGGAAAACACAAACCAUCAAUGUGCGCCACUGCGAAAAGGGACGAAAAGAUUCUAUCGAGGAUCGUCAAACAACAAAGCAAACUAGGUUUCGAAAUUUUGCCUUACUCUUUUGAUAUAAAUCAAGUGGAAGGUUUCCGCUAUAGAAUGGAGGAUGGUUUUCGUGCUGUGACUCAAGUUGCGGUCAGAGAGGCUCGUGUCAAGGAACUGAAGCAAGAAAUUUUAACCAGUGACAAGCUAAAAAGGCAUUUCGAAGAAAACCCACAGGAUUUGCAAAGUCUGAGGCAUGACAAGGAACUACACCCGGCAAGAGUGCAGCAACAUCUCAAAAGGGUACCGGACUAUCUUCUUCCAGAAGCUGCUAGACAAAACAAACAAAAAAUUGGUUUUGUACCCUUUCACACUGCCAAGAGCUUGAAACGCAAAGGCAAGGUUUACAAGAACAACAGCAAACGCGGUGGCAAGUCAGAUCCGCUUAAGAACUUCAAAUAG